UCUUUCUAAGAAGUUUAUUUCCGUUAUAAGAUGUAUUUUCUCAAAUAUUGUUUCAUACAACAGUAGAAAAGAUAAUAUAUGAUAAUAUUCGACGUUAAUUCACAUAAACGUUUUUCUAUCGAUUUAUUAUUUCACCUUAUUUACACAUUAUCUCUUUGCAUCAUUCUUCGCUUUCUGUUACUUCAAUGGACCUAUAUAAGAGUCCUUAUUUUAAAGUCAACAAAAUCGCUCUCUUUGUAAUAGGACAAUGGGUUUAUCAGACAGUAAAAAUGAAAAUCUUAACUAGAAUUUUAGUUUUGACAUCACUUACAUCUGCAAUUAUUCCUCAGUUUAACUUUCUCUUUUCGGUUGUUGGCGAUGCUGAUGCAACAUUUGAGUGUCUUCCACCUAUCCUACUUGUUCUUCUAUGCUAUUGUCAACUUGGGAUAUUCACACUCAAACAAGACAAGUUGCGAAUUCUCGUCAAGCAUAUGGAGAACGAUUGGAAUUUUUUGACGUCUAAAGUAGAACGUACAAUUUUGCAAAAUGGUGCAGUACAUGGAAGACGUCUUACAGUUUUAUUUGCUAUAAAUAUGUAUGGCUCAGUAUUAACUUUCAUAUCAAUGUCAUUAACACCAAUUGUUUUUGACUAUUUUAUUCCGUUAAAUGAAACUCGUCCAAGGGACUUAGUUUAUGCCGCAAAAUUUCCUUUGGAUGAAGAGAAAUAUUUACCUUGGCUGUUGGUCCAUGGCUCUAUUACUGCUUUAUACAAUUUGACAGUAAUGUUUAGUUGCGAGUCAAUGUUCGCAGUCACAACACAGCAUGUUUGUGGUUUGUUUGAAAUUAUCAGUUAUAAGUUAAAAAGAGCAAUGAUGCUUUCGAACAAGGAAAAAAACUAUAACAUAAUAGAUGAUAAUUAUUAUAAAGAGUUGACAUCUUGUAUUAAAUGGCACAACCAUGCAAUUCAAUAUUCAAAGAUACUGAACUCUUGCUUUUCGCCACUUCUAUUUUGUUCAGUGGGUUUAAAUGUUAUAGCCAUCAGUUCUUUACUAAUUCAAACUUUGAACUCAAUUAAUGAGUUUACUUUGGCCAUUAAAUACGGAAGUUUUGCUAGUGCUUGUAUGAUUCAUCUAUUUUGUUUAACGAUACCAGCUCAAAGCUUAUUAGAUAGUAGUUUAUUAAUUUCACAAGGAACAUAUAACGGUGAAUGGUAUAAUUUACCACUUCAUGGACAAAAAUUAAUUGUGCCAAUAAUACUCCGAGGUCAAAUACCUUCAACUUUAACUGUUGGAAAAUUUUGUGACAUGGAUAUGAUUGCAUUCGCUGCGGUAAAAAUUAUAAAUAAUUUUUUCUAAACAACUUUUUCAUUGGCAAUUUAAAAAAUUUGAGUAGC